CCCAUCAAGCCCGCUGCACUCCGGCGGGUAGCUGCAGCGUUGCGGGUCGGAGGUGAAAUCCGACACACUUUAUAGGUUCCACAGGCUCGCCAGGAACGAAUCCUCGCUUUGUUCGCCAACGGAUUUUUUUGCAACGUCCUCAUGCUACCCAUUUACAUUUUGGGUUACUAGGAGAGUGUACUUCUUUCUCCGGCUCGCUCGUCACCACACACCGCCGUCCAUGGGUAGGCCUUCAAACAACCCCUGGCCCUCUUGGGUUAACGUAGCCAGCGGCUCUUCUGCGUCAGGUCAAGUAUUCUACAGAGACGCCACUCAAACCGCAACCGCGUACCUCCUACUUCUAGAAGGCGACCCAGGCCUCCCCCGCGCCCAGGGCAUCUCCAUAGGCAAGCAGCGCGCUUACCUAACGCUCAACUCGUACGGCAUGGAAUAUAAAGAAGAAUAUGUUGAACCCCUUGGAAAGAUACUAUGCAAUCAUCGCAGUAUGGCACAAAAGAAACAAGUUGCGGGAAUCUCCGCGAAAGCAAUCAAAACCUCCCCACAGCUCGCAGAAGCGUUGAUCCACAGGUUUCAAAGCAAUCCUCCGCAGGUAGCGCUCUCGCCGUUAAAAUCCCCUCGGACACGGAAAGCGGCAUCUCCUGUGGCGACGACCGAACCCCGCCCCCCCGAGAAACGAUCAGCCUUCCUAGGGCUCGGGAAUGUAACCGAGAAAGGAGAGGCCGGGACUCACCUGCUUCAGCCCCGUGAUCGCGAGUUGCAAAUGUCAGAUGUCUUGGCUCCUUCGACAAGUAGAGAUUUCCCGUUCCGCCCGGGAAACCAAGUUUCGGCACGCCAUCCACAACCGGAGAGUCGUCCCACCCCCAGUCUAGAAGAGUCCUCGGAGCAAGGAAGCGCGGUCCCAGAGGAACGUGGGGGAGACGCAACAUCCCCCCUUGCGGUGGAAGAAAAGUCAGUUCGUAAGCGGAGAGGUCGACCGAGAAAGAUGCGGCAGGAGGGGGAGACCGCCGCCUCAGCGCAGUUGACGGGAGCGGACCAGGGCAUAGGGGCCGAUGAGGAAAUAGCGGCUCACUUGGAUAAUGACCGCGCCAAAUUUUCUCCAGCCAAAUCGUGGGCGAUCUGGCAGGGCAUUCUGAAGGAGAUGUACGGGGAGGGCUCGAAGCAGCUCAAACAGUGGGAGGAUCAAAUGCCUCGUUGAUGUCCUAGUCAUUCGAUAGCGGUCGCCGGUGGUCUUGGGUUGGUCCAAGUGCGAGGCUUGCGUAGACUUUAUUCUUGCUUUCUUCAUUUUUUUCUUACCAUAACGGGAAAUAAUGAAACUUCAUAAUUAUUAAUAAAACUGGAGGACCCCCUGGUCGGCGGUCACAAUAACC